CCAGGCUGUCAACAGGAAGUAGAACUCCACUUGGGACUCAAUAUUCGGGAGAGAAAGGCCAGGGAUUCCGGGGAAACUCGCCCACUCCGCUGCUGCGUAAAUUCUCAGGGAGUUGGGACGCCAUCUCCACUCUUGUGCCUCCCUUGCCCGCUUCUGCUCUGGUUCACGUAUCUUGCCCUGAGCCAUCUCCCUGUCUUAAUACAGAAGCGUCACCGCGACCAUGGCCGAAUACUCCUACGUGAAGUCCACCAAACUCGUGCUCAAGGGAACCAAAGCCAAGAGUAAGAAGAAAAAGAGCAAAGAGAAGAAGAGAAAAAGAGAAGAAGAUGAAGAAAUUCAACUUGAUAUUGUUGGAAUCUGGUGGACAGUAACAAACUUUGGUGAAAUUUCAGGAACCAUAGCGAUUGAAAUGGAUAAAGGAACCUACAUACAUGCACUUGACAAUGGACUUUUUACACUGGGAGCUCCACAUAAAGAAGUUGAUGAGGGUCCUAGUCCUCCAGAGCAGUUUACAGCUGUCAAAUUGUCUGAUUCCAGAAUUGCCCUGAAAUCUGGCUAUGGAAAAUACCUAGGUAUAAAUUCAGAUGGACUUGUUGUUGGGCGUUCAGAUGCAAUUGGACCAAGAGAACAAUGGGAACCUGUCUUUCAAGAUGGGAAAAUGGCUUUACUGGCCUCAAAUAGCUGCUUUAUUAGAUGCAAUGAAGCAGGUGAUAUAGAAGCAAAAAGUAAAACGGCAGGAGAAGAAGAAAUGAUAAAGAUUAGAUCCUGUGCCGAAAGAGAAACUAAGAAAAAAGAUGAUAUUCCAGAAGAAGACAAAGGAAAUGUUAAACAGUGUGAAAUCAAUUAUGUAAAGAAAUUCCAGAGCUUCCAAGACCACAAACUUAAAAUAAGUAAAGAAGACAGUAAAAUUCUUAAAAAGGCCCGGAAAGAUGGAUUUUUGCACGAAACACUUCUGGACAGGUAGGUAUAUUUUUAAUCAUUUCCAACUGUUUU